AUGGCUCUGUUUUCUAGGGUUUCCACUCCUUCGUGUGUUUGGAAUGGGAGAGGAGAAGGCAAAUUUCUCCACUGCUCGACGCAUUCUAGCGCGGGAUCCUGGAAAUGUCGAGCGGAGGUCGAAAGAUCGGACAAAGCGAGUAUUUCUAUCAUUCGAUCUCCAGGCAGCAGCAGCAGCAGCAGCAGCAAUACAAUCGCGAGCAAGCUCGUCGAUCGCUACGGUAACAGCGAGGAGGGCUCGGAUUUCUCCGUGCCACUGGUGUACUCGCGGUACAAGAAGCCCAAAAUCUCGGUCCAGAGGAACAUCAAGCGCCAGGAGUACCUAGACAAAGUCUCGCAGCGCGAUGAUUCUGGGACGUUUGCCACAAUCGGGCUGUUCGUGCUCGUCCCACCGCUCGCGAUUCUCGCAGUAGCGAUCGCCGUGGGCUAUGUCAAUAUCUUACCGUGA